AUGGAGAAGAAACGGUGCCCAAAGACGACAAAAAGCCAAUACCUGCUAUUACUAGAAUUCCUACAAGACAACAGAAUCAUAAUAACGGGCAAAACGGCCCCCCAAGAUCGACUCGAAAUCGAGCAACUGUGGAAAGAAUUCGCGAACCGCGUCAACAGCAAACCCGUCGGCCCUCCCAAAACAUGGGAACAAUGGAGACAAGUGUACACCGAUUGGAAAGCCAACACGAAGAAAAAGAGCAAACGUAUCAUGCUAAACGCCGAUAAAACGGGGCCCGAGGAGUGCCUCAACGACAUCGAGGAGGGACUACUUAGCCUAAUUACUAACAUCCAUUUCGGUGCCGAUGCGGAUGUUAUUAACGAUGUUAACGACACAACUCAAGUUAUCAUCCUCGAAGAACCGUCUGAUGUACAGAAUAUCCAGAACAGAGGUAUAAAAAGGAAAUUAAAAGAAGAAAUUUAUAAGAAUUUUCCCGUGGAAGCGGCGCUGCCUGCUGCGCCUUCCAGGGAAACCCCGAGGAACGCGAAGGAAUCCCUGGUAGGAGAAACCAGCAGGAACGUCGGGAGACUGGCGGACGCGGCCGAAAGAAUCGCCGAUUCCUUGGAAGAAAUAAAAAAUUGCAAAGACAAAAAAAAUAGAUUGUUAUAUUUCAAAAUGUUCAACACCCUCGAAGGGUACGAAGACUUUUAA